AUGAAUCGUCGAGAUAAUGGCAUGUAUGAGUUCUCUUCGACAUAUGUCCUCAAUUAUGUUCGCAACUGCCGUCAAGUAUGGUUUCUUCCCGUCAAUGUCAAUCUCAAGCCCAAAGGGUACAUCUCCUCCGCCAUAGUGUCCGAGAGCGCCCCACAGCUCCGCCCUUUUACAACCCAACUGGUACAAGUUACAUUUGCGUAUGACGAUGUAUACGUUGUGGUUAUUUCCCUUGCUGAUCGUCCUCCUUAUCAGCACCACAAAAUAGUUCUGGAGGACAUGUUGGUUACUGGGCUCAUGCUUGAGUACAUCAAUGCCAAGAUGGGCGGGCAUUAUAACUCACGAUCUUGCAUUGUUGAAUCAUUUGUUCAUAAUCGGUCUUGUCCGGCAAUAUCAUAUGUAAAGACAUUAUCAUUUUCAUCGACUAUUUGGUUCUUUGGCAUAUGGAAGGAGGAAGAUCUCAGCAGGCGUCAUCGGAGUGGGGAUGCCGAGGUUGCCGAAGGAGAAAUUGAAAUCGAGGCCCUUGAGGACCCCAACGUAGUCGAUCGCGUCGUCGACAUUUGGACCACCGCCGCUGAUCAAGAGGUCCUCGGAGAAGAAGGUGACAUCGAGAGGGGGGUUGUGGAGGCCGUCGAUCGGCGACGAUCUCCGAAUUUGGCUAUGGGUUUUCAAAGACUCACAGGUCCCAAUGGAGGGGAUAGUGAAACAAGUCCUCACCUUUAUGUGGCUAACUGUGGGCCCACUGUCGGCCUUUCGUACGAUGCUAUUGCCUCUGUAUUUGCAGCAUACGGAGAAGUCAAAGGAGUCUGUGCUGCUGAUGGAAGUGGGACCCGCGUGAUUGUCUCGUACCACAACACGAGUAGUUCGCGAGCUGCCAUGAAAGCACUCAACGGACGUUCGUGCUCUGCUCUUGGGGGACGUUCUUUACACAUUCAGUAUUCUAUGCAGUCAUUUGGUAAGGUCAACAAAAUUGAGUCAGUUUCAGUAUCAACAUCAGCUUCAGACGUGGACAUCCCUGGACUUCACUUGGUUCAUGACUUUGUCACUGAUAAGGAAGAGCAAGAAUUGCUUGCUGCCGUGGAUGGUAGGCCGUGGCAACACCUUGCCAAAAGAAGAGUUCAACAUUACGGAUAUGCAUUUUGCUAUGAUAUAAGGAAUGUUGACACGAACCAAUAUCUGGGUGAGCUUCCAUCGUUCUUGUCUCCCGUGCUCCAAAGGAUCAAAUCAUUUCAACCACUUGAUCAUGCUGGAGACAUAUCUUUGGAUCAACUUACGGCAAAUGAGUAUGCACCUGGCGUAGGUCUGUCCCCCCACAUAGAUACCCACUCAGCAUUCGAAGGAUUAAUUUUCAGUCUCUCACUAGCGGGCCCUUGCAUCAUGGAGUUCAGAAAGUAUACAACCGCAGCUUGGCAUGAAAAGCCCGUUUCUACUCCUGAUGCAGAGAAAAACAUGUCCGAAAAGAAUUCAGAUUUCAUUAGGAAAGCUAUUUAUCUCCCCCCUCGAUCGAUGUUGUUGCUAUCUGGCGAGGCCCGAUACUCUUGGCAUCACUAUAUUCCACACCACAAGGUGGAUAAAGUGGAGGACACUUUGAUACGCAGGGGGUCAAGAAGGGUAUCCUUCACAUUACGCAAGGUGCUGAAAGGCCCUUGCCAGUGUGAAUUCCCUCAAUACUGUGAUUCUCGAAGAUAGAUAAGUUUAAUCGUGAUUGCUAUCUGCAAUAACAAUUUGGUUGGAGUUGUGUGCCUCAGCACAUUGUUAAGGUCAUGAUCCAAGUGUAAUGAGUUAUGGUAGUGACUUUAGAUUCAUCAAAGGCCAAAAUCCUUUUUCAUUUACUGAAAAAAAUAGAGAAUGUAGUUGAAAUGAAAUAAUCACAUUCCAUUUGUUGUGCUCUUUGCAGUAUCAUAACGAAUGCUAUUAUGAAGUAGUAUGUGUAGCCGAAAUUAUCCAUUAUUUAUUUGAAAGGGG